AUGUACCAGCAAAACUCUGCACGUGAACGCCACCGCCAAAACACCACCGCCAAACAUCACCGCCAAAACAUCACCGCCAAAACACCACCGCCAAAACGCCACCGCCAAAACGUCACUGCCAAAACACCACCGCCAAAACGUCACCGUCAAAACGCCACCGCCAAAACAUCACCGCCAAACAUCACCGCCAAAACAUCACCGCCAAAACACCACUGCCAAACAUCACCGCCAAAACGCCACCGCCAAAACGUCACCGCCAAAACACCACCGCCAAAACACCACCGCCAAAACGUCACCGCCAAAACGUCACCGUCAAAACGCCACCGCCAAAACAUCACCGCCAAAACAUCACCGCCAAAACGCCACCGCCAAAACAUCACCGCCAAAACGCCACCGCCAAAACGCCACCGUCAAAACGCCACUGCCAAAACGCCACCGCCAAAACGCCACCGUCAAAACGCCACCGCCAAAACAUCACCGCCAAAACGCCACCGCCAAACAUCACCGCCAAAACGCCACCGCCAAAACGUCACCGCCAAAACGCCACCGUCAAAACGCCACCGCCAAAACGUCACCGCCAAAACGCCACCGCCAAAACAUCACCGCCAAAACGCCACCGCCAAACAUCACCGCCAAAACACCACCGCCAAAACGCCACCGUCAAAACGCCACCGCCAAAACAUCACCGCCAAAACGCCACCGUCAAAACGCCACCGCCAAAACGUCACCGCCAAACGUCACCGCCAAAACAUCACCGUCAAAACGCCACCGCCAAAACAUCACCGUCAAAACACCACCGCCAAAACAUCACCGUCAAAACACCACCGCCAAAACAUCACCGCCAAAACACCACCGCCAAAACACUGCCAUCAGUCGGGAUCUGGGUAA